CCAAUUCUGAUUAGCCUCUUGUUUAUACCACGUUGUGGUAAGCUAAGGCUGCAUUGGCUUGCUUAACACUUCUGCAGGCACUAAUGUGGUAACUCCUGUCUCCCUUGGAGAAAGGAAGGAACACCUCCCUCCACAGAGGGUUAGCAAGAGACAGAGAAGUAAUCCUGCAAACUAGCACCACCACCAUGAAGACAUCAAAUGUUCUUGUUCUCAUCUUUGUCCUGCUUUACAUCAAUGCCAGCACAGAAUGGCCUAUGCACACAGUCUGCAAAGAGGACGACUUGGAAAUACAUUACAAAAGCUGUGAUCCCCAUCAAGAUUUUGCUUUAAGCAUUGACCGUUGUUCUGAUGUCACAACCCACACCUUUAACAUCAGAGCUGCAAUAGUCCUAAGACACAGCAUCAAGGAACUGUACGUGAAGGUUGACCUAAUCAUAAAUGGGAAGACCAUCUUAACCUACUCAGAUACGCUUUGUGGGCCAGGUCAUGACAAGCUUAUUUUCUGUGGAAAGAAGAAAGGAGAACACCUCUACUAUGAGGGACCAGUCACGCUGGGGAUCAAAGAAAUCCCGCAGGGAGAUUACACAAUUUCAGCAAAGCUGACUAAUGAAGAUCGCGUCACUGUCGCUUGUGCUGAUUUUACUGUGAAAAAUUAUUUAGAGUAUUAUUAGCAACAAACCAGUUUCAUGAAAGCUACAGACUACCAAAGCUAUUCAAGCCAAGUGAUCUUCUCGCAUGAUGCAACAAUUCUGAAAAAAAAAUAAUCCCCACACAGUGGUUCUGAUGCUAUUCCUCUUUAAUUCACUAUUUUCAAGAAGUCACUAGACCCUCUAGUGGCAAUUUUAUCUCUAAAUGCACACUGUAGCCCACUUUUUGCUUCUAAUAUAUAUAGCUGCAAGUAGAAAGCAUCCGAUACCAACAUUCUCAUUUUAGGAUGAAAAUAGCAUGAGGCAGAACAGGCGAGAGCCUAAACAUAUUUUUUCUUGCAGUACAUUAUGGAGGUAUCCAUUUCUAACACAGGCUAAAGAUGACUUUCAUAUGUAUCACAUAUUAUGCAGUUACAGUGCUCAACAUUUUCAGCCUUCCCUGGGGCUUGUCUGGAGCCUCCGCCAAUAUAUGUUUGGUUGUAACCACAGAAAAAAGACCAAGUAGGAUGAACAUGCCUUUUUCCCCCCCCCCAUGAUCCAUAUCCUGUCACUGGAUUCAUAUCACUCAAGUCUUCUGGACCCUACUUGGAAUUUUUUUGUUCUUGAAUGUCUUUUAAGUGAUAUGUGAACCUAAACUAUUCUGUACCUA